ACUCCGGAUGGUUGACAACAAGGCCUCGGAGGACGUUUCACAUCCAUCCCGGUUUAAUCCAAUACAACCUCCCCCCUGCCCUACUGCCCCGCCGCCAGCGCCGUUAUAUGCCCCACUUUCCAGCGUCGCCCGUGCUGCCCUCCAUGUGGGUGAGGGACCUGUGUGUGUCGGAUUAUGGCGAGAAAAACAGUUAGCAGGAAAAGAAAGGCAGGGGAGCUCAAGGAACAACAGCUUGAUUGGUGCCAGUCUGUGUAUAAGCGUGCCCGUGUAUCCUCUUCAUCACGUCAUGCCCAGCAGUGGUGGCAGGGCCGUCAGUCAAUGGUGUCCGCCAUUCGCGGGCGGGAAUUUCGUCCGCAGAAGCAGCACGAAUGGAGGUUCCAGCGCAGCUUGCGUGGCUUUGCAGCAGGCCGCAUCCCGGGAAUCCUCAAAGAACGCGAGUUUUCCUUGGGCUGCCUCAACAAGGUGUUCGCCUCUCAGUGGCUCAAUCAGCGUCAGGUGGUUUGCGGGACCAAGUGCAACACGCUUUUUGUGGUAGAUGUUCUCACGGGCCAGAUUACGCGGAUCCCGAUGCUGAAGGACAGAGAGGGACAUGGCGGAGGCUCCAUGGGCGUGAUAGGCAACCCGGUCUUUCAGAACCAGUUAGCUGGCGGACUGGAUGCGCAGCAGGGCUGUGGCAUCCACGCGAUCGAGCUCAACCCGUCACGCACCCUACUGGCCACCGGAGGAGAUAACCCUAACAGCCUAGCUGUCUAUCGACUGCCCACACUAGACCCCGUCUGCGUCGGAGACGAUGGUCACAACGACUGGAUUUUUUCCAUUGCCUGGAUCAGUGACACAAUGGCUGUAUCAGGUUCUCGGGAUGGCUCCAUGGGUCUGUGGGAAGUCUCUGAAGAGGUGCUAAAUUUGGCAGAGAAACAGCAGGCUGAGGAAGGGGUUCCCAGUUACGCCCACAUCUCCCACCGUGCCCUUAAAGACAUCCCUAAAGAGUACACUCACCCGUACAACUGCAAAGUACGCGCCCUAGCCUUCAAUAACAGCCAUAAGGAGCUGGGUGCUGUGUCUCUGGAUGGAUAUUUUCAUUUAUGGAAGGCCGAGGACAACCUGUGUAAGGAGCUUUCGACGAAGCUUCCUUACUGCAAGGAGAACGUGUGCCUGGCGUAUGGACUAGACUGGUCCGUGUAUGCGGUCGGCUCCCAAGCACACGUGUCCUUCCUCGAUCCUCGGCAGUCUUCCCAAAACAUAAAGUCUGUAAGCUCCAGAGAACGUGGCAGCGGAAUUCGCUCCGUCAGCUUCUAUGAGCACAUUGUGACAGUAGGGACAGGACAAGGCUCCCUUCUCUUCUACGACAUCAGGGCGCAGCGUUUUCUUGACUGCCCACCCAGUGCACCCGGCGGGUUCCGGAAAACCCCUGCAGACGGCAUCCUUAAACUCACCACAGGCAGAGGCUGGCUGAACCAUGACGAAACGUGGCGAAGCUAUUUCUCAGACAUCAGCUCCUUUCCCAACGCCGUCUACACACAUUGCUACGACGACUCCGGAACCAAGCUGUUCGUGGCCGGAGGACCCCUUUGCUCGGGGCUGCACGGAAAUUACGCCGGACUCUGGAGCUAGCUUUCUCCGCUCUCUCGCUGUCUGUGUUAAACCUCACUCUACAUACUGGUCAUCAUUGCAGCUUCCUGUCUGUCUCUAUUCAUUUGCUCUUUUCUGUUUUGUGCCGUCUUUCUUGGCUCCUCGUUUUUUUUUUUUUUUUUUUUUCUUCUCCGUGACGAAGCAGAGUUUUGAGCAGAAGCGAGGUCCGAGCUCAGGCCGCAUUCGGAGAGUCGCCUCAGAACUUUAACAAAGUGUAAAGAUAUUAAACUAUUUAUCAGCCUCUUGAGGAUCUUGGAUGUUCGCUUGGUUUGUACUGUUUUUUUAUUUUUCGUAGCAGUCCAUGUAAAGCGUUUUAAAGAUCUUGGUGGGGGAAAAGUUUGUUCUUUCAGUAUGGACUAUGUGAUGAGCUGUUGUUUGCGGUGGACUGAAGUACGCUGAAGAGCAAACGGAAGAAAAAAAAAAACAGACUGUCUGGUAGCAGAGUUUAACUUAUAGUUUUUCUGUGCCAUAAAAUGCCACGAUGAUCACAGAGGGACUGAUGACUGCAGACAGACAAACGCACGAACGUGAUGUUUUUUAGCGAAACACAGACAUUGCCGUCAGUGGAUACGUUUGUUUUUUCCUCUGCUAGUGGGUGAAGUAUGAAUUUAUUUUUUUUUCUGGAUUGUGUCUUUUGCUUUGUGAUUUAUAGCUUAUGCGCACAUCACAUCGGCAACGCUGUCAAUGUUUUCUUUUUCAGCAACUGUAAUUUAUUCCCUGCCUUCGUACGUCGCUAGCGCUCCUGCUGUUGAAGUACAAUCAUUUUCAUUAGCAGCGUCGUUUCUGAGCUCCAGUCAGGGGAAGACGAUUGAGACAGGGCAGUAGUCGGGAACACCGUUGCCUUUCCUGAGUCUUUCUGUGAAAGACUUUUGCGAGUCGACUUUUUUUUUUUUUUUCCUUAAUUUUUUUUUUUUUUUUUUUUUUUUUUUAAACAUGAAACCUUCAUGGAUCAUUGUUAAGAAAAAAAAAAAUCUUGAACAAAUAGAACAGAUUGUGGUCAAAAAACGUAUAUUAAAUGAAUAACCAUCACUUUUAAAAUGUAUUUUAUAUAUUAAAUAUGUACACAUUUGAAAAUCUUAUAGAGAGAAUACAUUUUAUGUAAAUGUCAGAAAACCUGUGUGUGUAUGUGUGGACUUAACGUCAUUAUUUUGGUGGUGCCCUCUUUUUUUUAUACACACUACCUGAGUGUUUUUACAACUCGACGAGUCGGGGGGAAAAAAUGUGCACAAGGCAAAAAAAAAAUGUUUAAAGAGAAGAUAAUGAAUAAAAGUCUAUUGAUGUAUUUUUCUUCCAUCUUUGAUUUUGAAGUGUGUUUUUAUUAUUUAUGUACACAGCCUCAUUUUGUAAGCAUUAAAGCAAUAUAGGAGUAUUGCUUCAGGAGUA